AUGGGUACUGUUGAGGUCAAAACAAUACUUUAUAUACAAGUGCAGUGCACAAUGACUGAGUACAAACUUGUGGUAGUUGGUGCUGGUGGUGUUGGAAAGAGUGCCUUGACAAUCCAACUGAUCCAGAACCAUUUUGUUGAUGAGUAUGAUCCUACCAUCGAAGAUUCCUAUAGGAAGCAGGUUGUCAUUGAUGGAGAAACCUGUUUGCUGGACAUUCUGGACACUGCAGGCCAGGAGGAAUACAGUGCUAUGCGGGACCAGUAUAUGAGGACGGGAGAGGGAUUUCUAUUGGUGUUUGCUGUCAAUAAUGCCAAAUCAUUUGAAGAUAUCAGUAUGUACCGAGAGCAGAUCAAACGCGUCAAAGACACUGAUGAUGUGCCGAUGGCUCUGGUGGGGAACAAGUGUGACCUCCCGAUUCGAUCAGUAGAUAUGAAUCAGGCUCGUGAAGUGGCACGAAGCUAUGGUAUCCCCUUCAUUGAAACAUCGGCAAAAACCCGAAUGGGUGUUGACGAUGCAUUCUAUACCCUUGUCCGAGAGAUCAGGAAGUUCAAGGAUCGACAAGGAAAAGACAAGAAGAAGAAUGUUCAUCAAGAGUCUCAGAUGUCUUUUCCACCGAGACCUCCGAUGGUGCCUGGGAUGACUGGCAUGCCCAUCAUGCACACACCAUAUGUAACUGUUGGAGGAAUGAUGCCACCCAUGGGCAUUCCUAUGCCUCCUACGCCUAUGGUACCUAACAUGUAUCCAUCCCCAAGACCUCCUACCACAACUGUUGGCAGUAGACUUCCUGUUAAGGUGCAACAGCAGUCUCAACAAAACCCCCAGAGGUCCCUUGGGCCUCGGCAGGUGGGGAAUCGACUCACAAAGCCCACAGGGCCUCCUGUCACAGUUUUUGUUGGAAACAUACCUGAUAGAGCACCAGACAUCAUGAUCCGACAGAUCCUCCAUUCAGUAGGUUCUGUUAUCAGCUGGAAGAGAGUUCAAGGUGCUUCAGGGAAACUACAAGCUUUUGGGUUCUGUGAGUUUGGGAAUCCUGAUGCUGGUCUCCGAGCCAUUCGUCUACUUCAUGACUGGCAAGUGGGUGACAAAAAACUGGUAGCAAAGGUAGAUGCCAAAACCAAAAGUGUCCUAGAUGAAUACAAAGCCGAGAGAGCAAAGGCAAUUAAAGGGUCUAGCUACAGACCUGGUGAUGAGGAGGACUUUGUAGAUGAUAGUAUGAAGUUGGAAGACCAAGUCAUUCAAGGAAAAUUGAGUCAAAUCCUUCUGGAAUUCAAGGAGACACUUGAGCAGGUUGCUGCUCCUGAGAGAGAUAUAAAGAAGAAUGGGGAGAAAUCAAGUUCUGCUGUGAAGUUUGACUCCUCUCUUAACUUGGAAGAUGCUGAGGUUGAUGAAGAACAGCGGGAAAUCAUCACACGAGAGAUUGGAAAAUUCAGAGAAACCAUGAAGGAGGAGGAGCUGGCAAGGAAGGUGAAGGAGAAAGAGGAUUUGGAACGAUGGAAGGAGCACUCACGGGAACCAAGCAUCUCCCGUCGAACUUCAUCGCCUGCGCAUUCCAGUUCUCCUGCACCUGAACAUGAACGUGAGCGAUCCUCUUCUCGCCGCCCUACUCGCUCCCCUUCUCAAGCCAGGUCCUCAAGAGACUGGGAACGAGAGGACAGGGAGAGACGAGAGAGGGAGAGAGAUGAUAGGCGAGAGCGGGAACGAGAGAGAGAACGGGAGAGGGAACGGGAAGAUAGAGAACGGAGAGAACGAGAACGGGAAAGGGAGAGAGAGAAGGAAAGAGAAUACUAUCGUGAGAGAGAGAGAAGCAAACGUCGAUCCCGGUCUCAUGAGGUAGAAGAACGGAGACUAUCUGAGAAGGAACUUCGAAGGAAUAUGGAAUUGGAGGAAGAGGAAAAGGAGAGGAAGAAACUGGAAAGAAAAGCAAGAGAAAAAGAAGCUGCAUAUCAGGAGAAGGUAAGGAAAUGGGAAUUGAGAGAGAGGAACAAGGCAAAGGAAUAUGAAAAAGAAAAGGAGAAGGAGCGAUUGAAGAGAGAAGAGAUGGAGAGAGAUGCCAAGAGGCUGAGGGAAUUCCUUGAAGACUAUGAUGAUGAACGUGAUGAUCCCAGAUUCUAUAAAGGUCGAGAGCUGGAACGCAGGCUAGCGGAGCGCAAGGUUGAGGCAGAAGUAGACCACAAAGAUCGGCAAAAAGAGAAAGAAGAGCUUGAAGAAUUGAAGGCUCGCAUUCUUGCUGAAGGACAUCAAGACCCUAAUGCUGAGUUUGAAAGAAUCCGAGCUCAAAGGGAGGAGCAGUACAGGCCUACACUGCUGGUGAAGCCAGCAAAGCCCCAAGCAUUAUCACCUCCCCCUCAUGCCUCUCCUGCACAGCUGCCUUCCAUUCAGCCAAUUCAACCAGCUCCUCCUCUCAUUCCCACAAGGAAACCCAUCCCCCCAGCUGCUUCCCCAGUCCUCCCUCAGCAAUCGAUCCUUCCUUUGUUGAAAUCUCCUGUUUCCCCUGCAAAGAAGGAACCUAUGUUGGUUAGUAACAAGAGCCCAACUAUGUCAAAUGGACCAAGGAAUGAAGUCAGUGGGACACCUGAGUCUCCAACCAAGACAUCUAGCCCUCAGGUGUCAUCUUCUGAUCCAAGUCCUGCUCAUACUGCUGUCAGUACUCCUAUGGAGCCACCACAGCCAAAAUUUGUGAUGGAGAUGAAGACUUCACCUAAGUCAUCACCAGCAGGAGCAUACAUGGGCAGCCCAUCCCCUAGCCCAGGUGGUCAAGAGUCCCCAGACCAGCUGCCUUCAUCAGCAUCACCUGAUUCCAGUAAGGAGAAUGCAAAGGAUAUCCAAGGAAAACGCAAGAAGAUUGACAUAAAGGAGGUCUUUAAUACUGAUGAAGAUGAUUCUCAGGCAACCAACAAGAAACGAAAACUUGUCCCAAUUGAUUAUGAUGAAGAUAAAAAGGAGGAGAAGAAGUCACAAGAUGAGAAGCGGAAGCAUAUAAAGAGCAUCAUUGACCGUAUCCCUACUGCCAAAGAGGACAUUUUUAAGUAUCCCAUUGACUGGGAUGUAGUUGACAAUGCUUUGAUGGAGAGGAGAAUACGUCCCUGGAUCAAUAAGAAGAUUGUUGAUUACAUAGGAGAAGAGGAACCCACCUUGGUUGACUUCAUCUGUUCCAAGAUCUUGAUUGCAUCUGACCCCCAGAGCAUUUUAGAUGAUGUUCAAAUGGUGCUUGAUGAAGAAGCUGAAGUAUUUGUGGUGAAGAUGUGGAGACUACUCAUCUAUGAGAUAGAAGCAAGGAAGCUGGGCAUUGUAAACUUCUUCAAUGAUACCUCAUACAAGGAUUACAUUGAAGGGGUAUCUCAUUACAAUUCUCGGCUCCUUAUUGAGCGGCAGAUGAGGUUGCCCUUCCUGGAUUCCCAAACUGGGGUAGCCCAGAGCAGCUGUGGCUUGUGGAAGCCAAAGAGGCAGCGUCUUCCAGGUCAACUCCCUGGACAGUUAUACACGUAUCCUGCUAAGCCAUGGCUGAAACGCAAGCGCCAGUAUAUGAUGAACUUCAUGUUGCCAAAAAAAUCACGUGAAGGUGAGACAGUUGAUGGGGAGGUAUCAAAUAUGUCAAUGGAUAGCAGCCUUGUCAGUGAGGAGACACGUGACAGCACCAUGACACAGAAUGACUCCACCAGAGACAGCAGUUGGGUUUACUAUGAUGACCUUGGGCUUGAUGAUGAUAUGGAUUAUGAUUUGGGGGACCAGGACUCUGAUGUGGAUUAUGAAGAUACCUUUAAGAAGAAAAAGAAGAAGGGCAGCAAGCCUGGCAGCAAGGCAAAACCAAAGAAGAAGACGUAUGACAGGUAUGAGCUGACUGAUGCAGAGAAGCCAUUUAAUAUGAAGCAAACUGUUCUGAAACCUCAAUUUGAGUCCAGAAACCAUGCAACACAGUGUGGCUCAAUGUGUGGUGUGAGGUACAAAACCCGUCCAGGGCUUUCCUACCACUACACCCACUCCCACAAGGAGCCUGUACCUCGUCCUGUUGAACCUCAGCCUGCUCCACCGGCAUCCCCUGUGCAACCACUGCAGGCCCAAGCACAACUGCAACCACAACAACAGCAACCACUCCUUGUACAUCCCCAGCCGCAUCCACUCCAGUUCCCACAUGUGCCACCUGCAAUACAGCAGCCAACACCCCACCAGCCACUUCCUCAUGGUCUUCCUGUUGCUGGUAAUAUGGCUUCUGCACCAGCAGGAAUGAUAGGACCUGGACCCAACAAUGGCAUGCAUCAUACCACACAUCUCCCAGCAUCAUCUUCCUCAUCUGAUGCUCAACAGCAUCCCAAGACCUCAGGAAACGAUGCUCUGGCAGGUCUGAAGAGAUUCCAAGAUAGCUUCCUCUCCUUCUUGACGACGCCUGGGAGUGGAGGUCAACAAGGCCGUGUGACACGUCAGAGUCAUCCUGCAGAUGAAGCAAGGACAGGGAGUGAUGGGAAUUCUGAAGAUCAAGAUGGAAAUGACAACAAGAGGGCCACUCCUAGCACUUACUGUGAUUUCUGCCUUGGACAUGCAACUGAAAACAAGAAAACAGGUCUACCAGAGGAGCUUGUGUCAUGCAGCGACUGUGGACGUUCAGGUCAUCCAACAUGUCUUCAGUUCACUCCAAAUAUGAUCAUUUCCGUGAAGAAGUACAGGUGGCAGUGCAUUGAAUGCAAAUGCUGCACUAUCUGUGGGAAUUCAGACAAUGAUGAUCAGUUGCUGUUUUGUGAUGACUGCGACCGUGGCUAUCACAUGUACUGUCUCUCCCCUCCUCUAUCAGCACCUCCAGAGGGAAGCUGGAGUUGCAGUCUCUGCAUCAAGGAAUUCCAUUCCAAAAACUGUGAUUACAAGCAGCUGGCUGACAACAACUGUAUAUAUGUGAACCGCAUUACUCAUGAAGUCGAUGAGCUGACUCAGAUAGUGGCAGAUGUGAUCUCAGACCCAACACUCCCACGAUCUGAGGAUCAUCAAUGCCCCAAAUGUGGACAUCGUGAAGCAGUUUUCUUUCAGGCUCAAACUAGGCGUGCAGAGGAUGGAAAAGAGAAGCCAAGUGCACACUUGCAGUCAGCACUCAAUGCUUACCUUUCUGGGGGAAAUCCUCGAAUGAACCAGGAUGCACCAUCAGCAGAAUCCAGUUCAAUACCUAACAACAUGGCUGAGGUUAGUCGGCGUCGAGUUGAAGAACAAGUUGAUGAAAUGUGGAUGUACCUGAGAGCCUCCUUUGAGAAGUUAGAGCAGAGCAUGCAAUCCAAAGAAGGAGAUGUUGCAAAAGACGCUCUGGAUGCUCUCCAUGCCAUUCACUCUAAGGCUGCUGAUCACUACAGAGCAACAAAAGCUGACCUGGAUAAGUUAAUGAAAGACACCAACCCAGGUGAAUGGAGGGAGAAAGAAGCAGCCUCAUUGGCAAAUCUUGUACAGCGGAGACUCAGGUUUCUUCAGAAUCCUGAAAGCUGUGAUAAAUCCCGCAAACUUGUCUGUUCCCUCACGAAGGCAUGUGGAUUUGGAUGUCAAGUCCAUCAUGUCACCUAUUGCCUGUUAAUGGCUUAUGCAACUGAACGAACUCUUAUUCUCCAGUCCUCAAAGUGGAAAUAUGACUCAAAGGGCUGGGAGAACAUGUUCAUGCCCCUUUCAGACACAUGCACAAACCAGCAUGGGAUUCCAGCUGCUUGGAAUGGAGGAAAUGAGAAGGAGGAUGUAAUCAGCCUGCCAAUCAUCGAUAACAUAUCUCCAAGGCCAGUACACUUACCACUUGCUGUGCCCAGUGAUUUGUAUCCUCGGCUAAGUCGAUUUCAUGGUAAUCCACCUGCAUGGUGGAUGGGUCAGCUGCUAUCAUAUGUGAUGAGGUUUCAGCCUGACACUGAAGCCUUUCUCAAGAGAGCUGGGGAGUCCCUUGGAUUCCACAAUCAUAGCCCCAUCGUAGGGGUACAUAUUCGAAGAACUGACAAGGUUGGAACUGAGGCUCAGUAUCAUUCUGUUGAGGAGUAUAUGAAAUGGGUAGAUGACUGGUUCCUUCGAGAGGAGGUUCGACUUGGAAGUGUCAUCCCUCGUAGGGUGUUUGUGGCCAGUGAUGAUCCUCGGGUCAUCUUGGAAACCAGGGAAAAAUUUCCUCUCUAUGAAGUGUUGGGAGAUCCAAAAGUGGCCCAGUCAGCUGCUGUCUCGUCUCGGUACAGUUCCGAGUCCCUACAGGGUGUUAUUAUUGAUAUCCACUUUCUUUCUCACUGCAGCUUCCUUGUUUGCACCUUCUCUUCUCAAUUGUGUCGAGUGGCAUAUGAACUGAUGCAGACAAUGCAUGCAGAUGCUUCUUCCUAUUUCAAAUCUCUUGAUGACAUCUACUAUUAUGGGGGCCAAAAUGGCCACAAUCGUCGUGUUGUGAUGGACCACAUCCCACAAUCCACUAAUGAGAUCCAGCUCAUUAAAGGUGAACUGGUUGGAAUGGCUGGAAACCACUGGGAUGGUUAUUCAGCAGGAAAACUUCAUGGACACACUAAGAAUGGACUUUUCCCCACAUACAAGACAGUGGAUGUUGUCUCUGUGGUUGAAUUCCCCACAUAUCCUGAAGUCCCAGACCAAGAUGACAAGCCUAAUCAAACAGACAUCGUCCUGGUGGAAGAAGAGGAUGGCGAGGUGGGAGACGGCCUUCACGUGGCUAUUCACAUAGAUCCUGGCGGCCCUGUAGAAGCCGUGCCGUGUUCCAUGGAGGUGUUGUUCUUUCAUCUAGGAAGAGUUUCUUGCCCUAGUCCAUCACUGGAGGCAGAUACAAGUGAUGCAAUUGACCUGGCUGGGAUGAGCAGAGCCCCAGUAUAUCAGCCAUCUCUUUAUUCUCCAUCAACUUUUGCUUCUGAUCCCUUUUGCCCUUUCAGAGGCUGGAAGCUCUACUUCCCUCAUGAAGAAUACUCAGCUGAUUCCCCUACGAACAAGAAGGUGAAAACCCUGGAGCAGUUUUUCCAAGUUCAUAGGUUGGAGUAUCAAAAGGAAGAGAUUGAGGAAAAGCGUUCAUUUCUUGUCAACCUGGAAGAAUUACUACGGGAUCAAAGCAUCAAGGAAGGCUUUUUGUCUCUCAGAGAGGAACUCAUGGAAUCCCCAGACACCAUCAUGGCUAUGCUUGGUCUUGCUAUGCACCAACUGAUGGUGACACAACUUGAGCAGGAAUUGUCCACAGUGGACAGCAGUGUUGAAAAUGCUGAUGGAAGCUCAUCAAGACCCAAGAUCUCUCUGCCGCACAUACAACCCCGUCCAAUCAACUGGGACUCCCCUACCCCUAUCAAGGAUCUCAAGGCCAGUCUCUUUGGGAAAUUUGUGGCAAUCAGGGGCACAAUUGUACGAGUGAGCCCCAUCAGGCCCCUUUGCACUCGCAUGGCCUUUCGGUGCUUCAGUUGCUGCUCUGAGUUCAUCAUGACUCUGCCAGAGGGGAAAUUUUCUCACCCAACCAAGUGUCCAAGCAGUGAAUGUCGAGCAAAAUCUUUUGAACCUCUUCCCUCAUCUCCUCUCACUGAGACUGUUGACUAUCAAACAGUUCGAGUCCAGGAUGUUACGUUGGAUGUCGCCCUGGCGCUGCAACAAAAGCACCACCGUCCAGAGAGUGCUGCCGCAUUUUUGAGGGAGCACGGACUUCUUGACGACGAAGCUACCCCACCCGCUUGCAUUCGAGAAGGCUGUGGAGGAGAGACCAGGCUCUACACGCGAAAGAAGAGGAAGGCGGAUGGCAGCGAGGCUUCCUACGUUUGCUUUCGGUGCGUGAAGAAGGGCUGCCAAAGAAUGCAAUCCGUACGGCGCAGCAAUGAUUUCUUCACCUACAGGGACGUAAGGGGUCGUGCCCACAGCAAUCUUUCAAUAUGUAAGAUAUUGGAGAUUGUGUUCCUUUGGUGCCACAAUCUGUCCCAAAUCCAGGUAAAGAGCGCCAUGGGACUGUGCCAUCAGGCUGUGGUUGACUGGUUCAACCAAUGUCGCGAUGUCCCUGCCCGUAUGUGGACCAGGCGUGAGAAAAUGGGUGGACCCGGAAGAAUCGUGCAAAUGGAUGAGACUCUUCUUCGAGGGAAACAGAAAGCGAACAAAGGACGUCUGCUACUUGGAGAUCGAGAGCCAGAGGCAGGCGAUGAGAGCUCCGAGGAUGCAGAUCUGGUUGCAGACGUUGUCGACGUUCCUGAGGGAAGGAGAAAUUAUGGACGGCGCAUUGAAGGUCCUUGGGUCUUUGGACUUGCCACGAAGCUGGACAGCGACGUCGUGGAACGUCGAUUCUUCGUUAGGGAAGGUGGUCGAGUGCCUCGGACAAUAGACUGUGAACUAACGUGUGAUCUGGUUAAUUCCUGUGUCCCUGGGGAUAAUGUCACUGUCACUGGUGUUGUAAGGAUUGGUAGUUCAGACCAGGAGGCCAUGGGAAGUCGUGACAAGUGCACAUUUUCUCUCUAUCUACAAGCAUAUUCUCUGACUAAAGGAAAAGGAGAGGGGGAUGGAACCACUGGGAUUGAAUUCACUGUCCGAGAUUAUUAUGCCAUUCAGGAGAUCCAGGCAGAGCCAAAUCUCUUUGGCCUCCUGAUGGCAUCUCUGUGCCCUGCAAUAUGUGGACAUGAGAUGGUGAAGGCUGGUCUCACUCUGGCUCUAUUUGGUGGAGUUCCUAAAGUGGAAGAGGAUGGGUCCACUGCAAUUCGGGGAGACAUCCAUGUUCUUGUGGUAGGUGAUCCUGGUCUGGGAAAGAGUCAGCUCCUCCAAGCUUGCAUCAGCGUUGCACCCCGAGGUGUGUAUGUUUGUGGGAACACAACAACAACAGCAGGGCUCACUGUGACCAUGACUAAAGAGGGUGGGACAGGAGAGCAUGCUUUGGAAGCUGGGGCUCUUGUCCUUGCUGACAGUGGAACUUGCUGCAUCGAUGAAUUUGACAAGAUGGGAGGACAACACCAGGUAGAAUCCCAAGUCUCUCAAAAAAGUGGAUUCCAACAGGCCCUACUGGAGGCAAUGGAGCAGCAGAGCAUCAGCUUGGCAAAAGCAGGCAUGAUCUGCUCACUGCCAGCCAGGACUUCCAUUCUGGCUGCUGCUAAUCCUGUUGGAGGACAUUACAAUCGAGCAAAGACUGUGGCCGAAAACCUGCAUCUCAAUCCGGCUCUUCUCUCCCGUUUUGACCUUGUUUUUAUUCUCCUUGAUCGACCUGACGAGGAUACAGAUAGCACAUUAUCCAAGCAUGUGAUGGCACUGCACAAUGAGAAAAAGGCAGGAUCUGCUGGAUCCCGAGUACACCCUUCGUGUGUCUUCGACUCGGGAACACCUCCAUCUGACAAACCCCUUGCAGAGAGGUUGAAGCAGCAAGCCAUCGAGCUGGCUGACCCCAUUCCACAUCAGCUAAUUCGCAAGUAUCUGGCCUAUGCUCGCAAGUAUGUCAAGCCCCGUUUAUCUCCCGGAGCCAAAAGAGUCCUCCAGAAAUUUUAUCUGGACCUCAGAGAGAGAGCACAUACAUUUGACUGUACACCAAUCACAACACCGCAGCAUGGCCCGACUCAGAAUAUGCCUCGCUUGAAAAAUGGAAACAUCUUUCUCUAUUCGUUCUAUGGAGAUCCAGAUGCAAGAAUCCCUGUGAGAGUACUCACGUAUCCCAUGAAGGUUGAUAUGCUUAGUGCAGAGGACAUUGAUGGAGUACACGAGUCCUGCCCAAUUAAAUCCCAUGCAGAAACCAGCACCCUGCCUAAGUCGUGCAAUGACCAUUUAGAGGCGAAUCAAAGGUGCUUAGAGGUGGAACAUUCCACCAAGGGACAAUUGGAUCCAGCUGAUACUUGA